AUGCAAAAGGAAAGGUCGUUAGUGCACGGAUCGAAAACCUACAAUUUGGGAGCUAGAAAAAAUUUCAUACAGGUGUUUGGAGGCAAAUGGUACCGGUGGUUCCUUCCCGUAUACUCUAGUGAAGGAGAUGGGUGCAACUGGGAGACUAGAGAGGCGCAGAACUCGAGGACAGCACGAACAUGUAGCCGGAAUCGGCAUAAUCCUUAAUCUUAACUCGAACCUCAAAGUCAUUGGGCACAGUGAAUAUUAUAUAGUCAUUUAGUGUAUACGUAAAAAAAAUAAAGUGUAUUAUACGAUUCUCCAAAUAAG